UUCUCUCUCACAAUACCAAGUUGUCUGAAUCGAUUGUUAUGGACCCACAUAGACACUUGAGCUUUACAGUGUCCUAAGCCAUUGAUCUGUGUCUUAUCUAUCUAGUUUUGUGUACAGUGUUGUUUUCUUUUGUGUUGUCUCAAACUCAAUUAUUCAAAGUCAAUACAACGGUUCAGGAUCAAGUAAACGUGCACCCCAAUUUAAGUCUCUGAUUUGUCUCUCCACAGAUCACAACAACGCUCUCACGCACUAGUUUGACCACUUCGCUGUUUGCACUUUUGGUUCCUCACCGAUCCACACAGGUUGGAGACACGGAGUGGCAGCAGAAAAAAAAUAAAAAUAAAAAAGCUACCUUUUUUAUUUAUUUUGUGUUGGGGGAUGGGAAAAAGUGACCCUUAUAUUUAUAUAACGGUAAUUUGGAAAUGAGUGGUAGUUAGGAGGCUCAGAAAGACUAUCCAGCAGAAUUUUUCAUGUGGGGUUUUGGUUAAGUCAAGUUUCUUCAAGAUCAUAGUCAGAGUGAGGGGAUAGGAAGACCCAGAAGCGUUUUGAGAAAGGACUGGCUGCUAGUUGCUGAACAACAAGAUACAGACUAGAAAUGGAUGAACUUGCUAAUAAAAUUCCAGGUGACUUUUAUGCUGUAGAUGAAGCUUUUGAACAACCCUACUCACUCCAGGGGUUCUCAACUAAAGAAAAUGAUGUGCAAGAAAUAUCCCUGCAAGCUUUAACAGAUAUAGACCAUCGCUUAGCCUAUUUUUCUGAGAAACUGGUGAACUUGCAUGUGCUUUAUGUUUAUCUAUUGGGCGAGGAAAGUGAUCUUGAAGCAAUGGAUUCAACGAAUAACUGCAUCCUGGAAAACUUAUUUGAGAAGGCAGUGACAUUUGAUCUACUGUCUGGCAUUUUAGAUUCUGAGGUAAGAGAGCUGGACAGUUUCAUGGACACUCUCCAAGAAGAAAUUGUUGAUGCUCGUCAUAAAAUAUUUUCAUGCAAACAUUUAACUGAGGUUUUCUUUAUGAUGGACAAAAAAUUGCAUGGCUCUAAAGAGUCUGUGAAGCAGUUUCAACAGCAGUUAUUGGAGUUGAAAAUUCAGUCAUCCCAGCUACAGAAAACCAUUGAGGCUUUUCGACAUGAGAAUUGCAAAACAGGGAAGGCCUUGAAUUUAUCAGGAAAUGGUCAACUGACAGAUGUCAAAGCAAAAUCCAAUGAUCAGAUGGUUGAACAACGAAGAUAUAUUCUGCGAAUGCUUGAGAAAUCUCUAGCAAGGGAACUCGAGCUUGAAAGGAAGUUAGCAGAGUCAAAAAACAAUGAAGACCUAAACUUGAAACUCUGCUACACAGAACAAGUGGCAUUUUAUAUGGAAGAGGCUGCAGAAGUAGUUUGGGGAAGAUUUCUAGAGGCAGACAAUACUGCAGAGGUGUUAAUGGGGAUUUCUAAAGGUAUAAUGGGACACCUUCAAGUAACUGAGUUCAACCUCAAUGGUUAUAUACAACGAGAAAAUGAGCUGAGAUCAAAAGUUCAGAUUUUGAUAGAGCAGCUCAAGGCUAAAGAUGCUUCUUUAGAGAAGCUUGAGGCAUGUAAUGUUGAGAGUGCUAAGGAAAAGUCUGAGGUGUUGGCAUUGAGGGAAAAGGUGAAAUUGCUUGAAGAAGAACAAAAAGAUUUUGAGCUUCGGAUAAAUAAUGUGAUGGCAGAGAAUGAAGCAUGUCACGAGCACCUAAUUGAAAUGGAAAAUUUUGUUGAGUCUUUGAAAGAAAGCAUUGACAUAGCAGAAAAUCGGGCUGAGAGCGCAGAAGCGAAGGUUACACAGUUAACUGAGACCAACUUGGAACUUACUGAAGAGGUGAAUUUUCUUAAAGGGAGUGCCAGUACUGCAGAGAAAAAGGUUGGUUCACUUGAGAAGCAACUAAGGGAACUAGAUAUCCAACUACAAAAUGCAAAGGCGUCUUCUGAAGCAAGUCAAGAACAGCAGAACAUGUUAUAUACAGCUAUAUGGGAUAUGGAAAUAUUGAUUGAAGAGCUAAAAUCAAAGGUUGCAAAAGCUGAAACUAAUAAAGAAAGUGCUGCAGAGCAAUACUUUGUGCUAUCUGAAACUAACUUGGAACUUAAUAAAGAACUGGAUAUCCUUAGGUCCAGAACAGUAAGCUUGAAAACAUCUUUGGAUCAAGCUAGCAAUGCAAAAUCAUCAAGGGCAAAAGAAAUUGAUACUAAAACCAAACUUAUCAUGGAUAUGGUAAUGCAACUAGCCUCUGAAAGGGAGCGCAUCAAUAACCAGUUACAUGCUUUAAAACAGGAAAAUAAACAUUUGGUAGAAAAGUUAAACAAUACUAAAAUUGAUGCCUCUUUUGAUGCAUGCAACAAUGGACUAAAUAACAGAAAUGAAGAUCAAGCUUCCAACAAUGACUCAAGCAAUGAUAGCUGUGCUAAAUCAUCAGAUGAAGAAGGAAUAGAUCUCUUUAAUAAGACCUUUCAGGUGGAUGAAGAAGGUGCAAGCUCUGAAACUCAAGUAACAUCAUCUAUUUCAGCAGAUAAGCCUGCAAAUUGGAGAAACUUGACAUUUCUUUUAGUAGCAAUUUUUGUUCCACUGAUUUCUGUGUCAGCCUUCUGGUGGUUUGACAAACGAAACAUUUUCCUUUCCAAAAGCUUUUGAUUGCUAAGUUAUGACCUGGCAUAUAGAAAAAUUUGCUGUUUGUGCAGUGUUGCUUCCCUCAAGUCCUCUAGCUUCUUUAUUGUUAUUGUAUAUUCAUGUGAUAAUAGGUGGGUGUAAGCUAAUAUUACAAUUGAAUUGUAGGUGUUUCUAUCAUGAGUGCUUAACAGAUGUAGAGUUUGUGUUUGAUAAAGGUGCAAAUGAUGAAGAUAUAUGCUUGAGAGGUGCAAUAAUCAUGGAGAACAUACAUUGUUGAGAGGUGCAAAAAUAAUGGAAAGAGUUAAAUGGUUCAAGGGAAGUUGGAUAAGGUGUUUGGUUUUUAACAGCAUAAAACCAAGUUAUUUGACAAGAUUUUGACAUUUGCAACCUUGAUUUGAAUUUGGCUAUUGCAUGUGUAUCUGUACCCCACCCCCCAAAAAAAAAACUAAGUAACGAUGUGUUUAAUUUUUGAUAGUUUAUUUAAGCCUUGUGCACUUUUUUUAAAAUUAUAAAAUGUCGAACUAUUGAAUAGUGUAAUGCCGAAUCUUUUGAUGCA